CUGGACAGUUGACUGACUAUUAUAAGCAAUCCUCUUCGCUAAGGAAAUUAUUUCUUAGUUAAAAUUGCUGUGAUGAUUCGCUUCUGGCUGUAUUUGUUCUUUGUGCUCGCGUGUCUUAGUUUUUGGGAACCUGUAGAGACACGAAGAGCGCGAUAUAAACCAGAACCUCCGAAGCCAAAGAAAACCGAGACACAGAAAGCUAUCGACACAUUGGCUCCAGGUCAGAACAUCAACAUUGAUCAGAUGAGUGGCAAGUGGCACCUGCUCACAGUGGCUUCUCGGUGUAAGAAUCUCCUGGAGAGCGGCUUUAAAACGGAGAGCACGAGCCUCACCUGGAACAUUACUGCGGACACUGUGACUGUGGGCACCGUGAGAAAACUCAAUUUCGUGUGCUGGGAGAUCAAGCAGAACUACAUGAAAACGAAAACCCCUGGGCAGCUCUUCCUCAAAGGCAAGAGACCGUCUGACAAUGUGGACAUAAUGGUGCUCGAGACGGACUACAGCACAUAUGCUAUGCUGGUUUUUAAGAGAGCAGAGAAAAUUACUAUGAAACUGUAUGGUCGGUCUGGGGAAGUACCUGAUAAUAUAGUGGAUAAAUUUGAGGAUCGAGCGAAGACAUUCAAUUUGGGAUUGGACGUAGUUUUCCAGUUUCCUGACUACGGUUUCUGUGAGUCAGCAGAAAAAGUUCUAGAUCUGACCUAAAACUGACUGGCUAACUUUGGUAGACCCUGAGCAAUGUGAGAAAGCAGCCUGCAGGAGUACAGAAAUAAAAUGGUUGUUUAAUUUCAUUGUUUUAUGAGUUUUUCAGCAUUAGCACUAAUUUGCUAGGUGCACCUCUAUAAUAGUUGAUAUGGUUGCAUCUUUGGUAAAGCUUGAAAAGUUGUGUUUAUCCUCAAGCCAUUUUAGGGAACAAAACAGUGCUUAUAAAACAAGGUAAAGGCAUCUUGGUAUAAUUGGUGUGGUUUGUGAUGUAAGUGUCAGAACAGGACUCUGCCUGCCCACCCGUUCAGAGUUACACAACACAACGAAGUAAACAUGAUGCACAUCCAACAUUCCAAAAAAAAGUAUCCUGAGGAAAUCAUUUUCUUACGGAAAAAUAUCAAACACAAAUGAACUUUGUUGAACUCGAAAUGAGUUUCUACAGCACUAAACUGACUCUGUGCAACUUUCUGAGGUGAAAAUAAAAGGCUAUAAGAUAGAAAGUGCAUGUUUAGAUAAACUGAGACUGAUUUAGAUAUCUUAGAUGCUAUGCUGCAGAUUUCUUUUAGUCUCAUUAACAUCAUUUAUGAUCUACACUGAUCUAUUUUACACAAUAAUAAAUGAAUAAAAUACUAAUAAUAAAA